AUGAGCUUCUCGUGGAGAAGUGUUUCCCAACUAGAAGCAAUCAUCAUUGCUCGUCGUGAAUAUUGGGUGUUGCUAGCCGGCAGUCUGGCCCCUCGAGUCAGUGCCUUCCUGAACUUCAGUGGUGUUGCCGGUUUUGGCUCGGGCCUGCAGUCAGCCCAUAUAGCACUGUGUCAGGUCGGGUGGCUUGCGACUGACGGGAGCAAAGGCCCAUCACGUGACCCACCUUUUUUGUCUCGAACGCUUGAGCUCCUCAUGUCCAAUGCCGAACUUAGCGAUUUCAACGGGUCAUGUACCUGA